CUAAGUCGAGCAUGGAUGUUAGUUGAGUUCAGUAAUUUAACAAGACGUCGAGUAUUCGUGUAUCAGGUACCUGGAGAACAAUGUGCGCUGUGUCUCGCCGGAAGUCGUGAAGAUGUCCUCACGUCCAUCCAUCAACGCAGGUCUCAAAGAUUUCUCCAUCUGGUACUCCAGUUACCAUGGUUACGUCAGUCUGUGCGUCUGCUUCUCCGGCAUUAUCACCAACAUCUUCAACCUGACGGUGCUCAGCCGGAAGCACAUGCGCACUCCAGUGAAUCAGAUCCUCGUUGGGCUAGCCGUCUCUGACAUCAUCACCAUGGUCUCGUACGUGCCUUUCGCCGUUCACUUCUACGUCGUCCAUCCGUCGAACAAGAGCAACUCGGACAAGAACAGUUACUACUGGAUGAUGUUCCUUCUGUUCCACAUCAACCUCACCACGGUGACGCACACCGUGUCGAUCUGGCUGUGCGUCAUACUGUCCAUCAUACGUCAUCUCCACGUCAAAUCGCCGUCGCAGGUCAACAUGGUUCGGCAGCGUAGGAUACGGCAAGCCAAGUAUUUGGUCCUCGCCGCUUUCGUAGGCGCCAUCAUCGCCAUGAUUCCAAACUAUCUGACCAAUGAGCUGAAGCCUCUCAGAAUAUCAACCAAUCAAACCAACGGGACUAUGUACGUCAUCAAGAGCAUGCGCCUUGGAGGCAACGACACCGAUCCACUGGUACUCACGAACGUUUGGUUGUACGCAUUCGUAGCAAAGCUCGUACCCUGUUUGCUAAUUUCCAUAUUCGGCAGUUUGUUGCUGUACCAGCUGCAUGUGAAAGUUCGACAGCGGAAACAGUUCUUAAGUGUUUCAGGGUCGAGUUCGCGCCGACUCCAAGAACAUUCCAGAACUACGAAAAUGCUGAUUUCGGUGAUUCUGCUGUUCUUGGUAACAGAAUUGCCCCAGGGUGUCUUAAUUGUUCUCAGCGCGACGAAGAAGUAUUUCUUCGACACGGUUUAUCUCCCUUUGGGCGAUGUUAUGGAUAUAGUGGCCUUGAUUAACAACGCGGUGAAUUUCAUUCUUUAUUGUUCGAUGAGCACGAAGUUUCGUCAGACCUUCAUCAAUCAGUACUUUCAGUGUAAACACGUUAAACCGGUCGAGAAUGGAUACACCUUAAGUGCCAUUCGGGAAAAGUCGGAUUCACAGAGCAACAAUAACCAAGUGUGAUAAAAAGUAAAACUAAAAAAACACACCCAAAUACUACGCUGAAAUGAUUCGUAAUAUCUGUAAAGGAAUACCAAAAAAAAAAAAAAAACCCACACAAACAAACCCCACAAGGAUUAUGAAGUUGCAUAACAGCGUAUGAUACUUUUUUUCCCCCGGCCAUUACAGACGAUGAAAGACACCAGGUCUGAUUACAAAAUGUGAAGCCUUUGGUCAAGAAUUUUUUUUCGUAAAUAGAGAUUAUUAUACGAGCUUGUCUGUCGUACUGAUUUUACGAAAUGAGUGUCAAGAUUCUUGUAUUGCCCGAGCGAGAGCGAGGC